AUGGGUUGGUGGUGGAACUCCACUCCCAGCCAGGGGGAAUCGCUCUCACAACCUGAACCUCCCCGCUCGACACCUUCACAGUCUCCGCCCAACCACACGGACAGCCGUGAGCCCGCUCCACCAGCACAUCCCAAUCCCGUCAUGAGCCGCGAUGAACUCGCCGACUUAGAGCUGGCAACCUUUAUAAAGAGUCUUCGAGAUGGGAAUGAUGACACUUCCCAAUCCUCGCGCCCACCACAGCCGCCAUCAUCGACACCACUCUCGCCCAACAGCAAACCCACAACCACCGAAUCCACCACCACCCCACCUUCUCCCACCCGUAGUACCGAUCUCACCGAUCCUACCGAAACCCCCGCCAACAUCUCCCCCGAAACCCUGUACCCAACCAGCAUGUCGUGCCGAUCGGCCUUCGACUACGCCUUCUUUUGCCAGUCGCUCGGCGGCCAAUGGGUGAACGUGUACCGCUACGGCGAGCUGCGCUCAUGCAGCGAGCACUGGUCCGAUUUCUGGUUCUGCAUGCGCACCCGCUCCUACUCCGCGGAGGAGAAGGCGAGGAUGGUCGCCGACCGGUACCGCAGGAAGGCUGUCAAGUACAAGACCGGGCCGAGCAGUGAGGAUGUGUGGGACGUGCGGACGGAGCCGGUAAAGGGUGCGUUUCAGGGGGAUUUGAAGGCGCUGGAAAGGGAAAUGACGAAGAUGAAAGCUGCGGCGCAGGCGGGGGAAGGCGAACGGUGAAGAGGGGGCGCCUGGUGUGCUUGAAGGUCUCAGGUCUCAGACCGCUGUUGAAUUUUUGGUCGGUAUGGGUUUGAUUUAUUUGAAGCUUUGUUGUGCUUUUAGGGUUUGGCGAUAGACUAUGUAACGAUAUUUUGGCUUGAGGUUCUCAUCUACAACCGCCCCCCCUUGAAUUCAUAUCAUUUUCAAUGGUAUGAAUAAUGGAUAUACUGUACAGUACAUAAUGUAGCAGGAAAAAAAAAAUACAAAGAAGAUCUUCUUAACUCCAC